AUGGUAUUGCUUUCAUCCAAGAUCAUCUCUUAUGGACCUCAGAAAAGGCAGGUGUUCAAGCAUUACAGACUGGAGACCUCUCGGAGUGAGUACAGUCUGGUAUGUAUUCAUGGAGGUGCCUGGAGAGAUCCAAACAAUACAUAUGCUGACUAUGAUAUCCUCGUGAGUAAAAUUGACAAAGGGUUGGACGAACUUAGUGGUACGAAAAACGAUGUGCUGGACGUGUACUCCAUCGACUACAGACUGUCCCCAGAGGCCAAACAUCCAGAUCACCUGAUGGAUAUAUUAGCAGCUCUUCGCGCAAUACACCAAAAAGAUUCGAAACCGCUGGUCGUGAUUGGUCAUUCGGUGGGAGCUACUCUGUUGUUGCAAAGUCUGACAUAUGAUAGUCUUCUACCGUUGAAUGAGACGUCUACCCCACAUGAUUCAAGCAAGGAAGUGCUCACCACAAGUUUGAUUCAAAAUUGGUCCAAUGAGCUUCCUACGAUCAAGAUAGCAAUACUGGCUGAUGGAAUAUUUAACGUGCAGGCUAUGCUGGAAGAAUACCCUUCAUAUAUAUCGUUUGUGUCAGGGGCCUUCAAAUCAAAGAGCGACUGGGAGACGAAAUCUACUUGCUUGGUCACUAGUCUCAGCAAAGCUUCGAAGCAAACACUUGACAGCUUGAAAAAGAUAAUCAUUGUUCACAGCACACAGGAUGAGCUGUUGAGUUUGCAACAACCCAACCUCUUCUUAGAUUGGGUUCGAGCCAACACCGACACCACAGUGGCAACAAUUUACGAAGACAUUGGAGACCACGAGAAUGUCUACAGAUCACAAAGACUGGCAAAAAUCACGAGUGAAGCCCUAAUUUCGGAAUAA